CCUUGUUCAUUUUACAAAGAUUAAUUUGAAUUUUGGCGCAAUAUCAAGCAUCACGUGAUAUUUGACAUUCACGGGCCGGAUAGCAGACAGUUAAAUAUAAUGGCGCUGAACAGAGAAGAACUAGUCAACACUAGAAAAUAUCAUAGCUGAGAGUAAUUUUACGCUGAAAUGAAGAAUGAAGAGGUUACAUUACAUCGCCUAUCUAACAUGCCCAGCAAUGACAGUAUUAUUCAGCCUACUGAUAGGUUUUGCCACAAUGUACAUACAAAAUACAAUAUCACCUUUGUUUGUGUUCCUGUCAGUUCAAUUUUAUCUCAACUGGUACCUUGUCUACAGUAUCAACAAGAAGGUUAUCAUACCAUUCACACAGAAUUGUCAAGAGGGCUGUGACACAAGAUUCUGGUACUGUGGAAAGUGCAAGCAUUACGCUAGAAGGCCUGCACAGCAUUGUGUACUGUGUAGCAAAUGCUUCUACUAUCGAGAUCAUCACUGCUUUUUUCUGGGAGCUUGUAUAUUGCGACAGAAUAUGGGAAACUUUGUUUUAAUCUGUAUCUAUGCUUCUUUAGCCUGUGUGUAUUCUGUAUUUACAACAGGGCCUUAUUUAUAUGAUUAUUUUUUGCAUUCUGAUACUAGCAAGUUGAAUAUCUAUUACUUUGCUCUGAAUUUUUUCUUCCCAAUCACAUUAGCCAAAUUCUUCUUGGUUGGAGAUGAAAGUAUACAUGUAUUUUUAGUCACAUUGUUCAAUGUAUCAGUUUCGAUAGCUUGUUUUACUCUAGUCUAUGGAUUGUGGAAGUUGAUUGCUUGUAUGUCUGGAAGACAGAGGUAUUAUCCUGAUUAUGUUGCAAAGCAACAGGAUAUAUAUGAAAUUUUUGGAAGUUAUGGUCUUCUGAACUUUGUCUUCCCGUUUAAUGGAUUUUUACACUCCAGAAAUAUAGAUGAAAACACAUACGUAUUUACAUAUAUAUGA